GGAAUGCGGAAAUCAAACAUGGCUACCGAAGCAUUGAGGGCAGAAAAUCCCGAUUCUAUAGAAGCCUUGAGCCGUGAAGCGGAAGCAUUGAAAGCACGGCUUACCGAAGAAAAAGCAAAACUAAAUGAUGUUGAUUGUAAGUUAGGCUAUGUAUACUUAAACAUACAAAGCAUUGCACAUUUUUUCCUCGCUCCAAUUUACUGAAGGUCUCUGUCUCAGUAAACUGUCUGACAAGUCUGGUCUCACAAUCUUGAACCUAUCUCAAGGCAAAAUUUGAGACUAUUCAGUCUCAAAAGGAAGGAUAAAGAGAAGAUAAUAAAUCACCCCCCCCCCCAAAUGCAACAUUCUCUACUUUAAUAUUGUAUGUCUUUAAAAAGUAACUAUAAGAAUUAAGUAUUAUGAUUUCAGUUAGAUUUUAAGGUGUAGGGUUCUUAAACCUCUUGAGUAGAUACUUUGGUCAAAAAUUUAAACAUUUUGUAAAAAUAAACCAAUGGCAUAGUUGAAUAGAGGUAAUUUUUUACAGAAUUAUAACACCAAAAUCAUAUUUGUAGCUGUUGUAGUUUUAAAGUUAUGAAUUUUUAAAGUACGACUUGGUUUGUCCUUUUUUAACAUGGACUGCAUCUCCACAUUCUGUGACCUCAUUCCGCUGAUCGCGUCAUGCCCAAUGACUAUAUAGUUUAUAUAAGGCAACACAUUCCUUUAUCACUAAAAUACUGUUUAGGGUCGACUUACUUUAAACUUUCAACUUUGGCACAUGAAUAAUUAAUUAAAGCUUUCCCUGACCAAUGGUUUAAUAGUUUUUGCACACGGCAAACUCUUAUGAAUAAAACUCUGAGAUAGUACUACGAAAUAGCCAUUAUGCAAGUGGCUGUCAAUGGUUGCCAAUGACAACGUGUUGCACAGAGAAAAUUCUGAUCAUUUAUAAAAAUAAAAUGGACUCUACAGGGUUUUUAAAGCUCAAAUUAAAACAGUCCAGUUUAAAUGUCUUCAAAAUGCAUUCUGAAACACAAAAUAUAAAAUAUUUUGAUGUAUAUAGUGGUAAUAAUUAAAUAUUUCCUAAGUAUCGGCAACUUCCACCAUUAAAAAGGGGGCGUGGCCCACGCCAUGUCGAAAUUAGGCUAAGCUACCUUAUGGUGAUAUGGAUCACUGUGAGAAGCGUAACGAACGGAAACUUAAUCAUGCGUAAAAGACAUUAGCAAUCAUACAAAAAACAGUACAAACCAAAGAGUCUUCUUCUUCUAUAUCUUAAGGGCCCACGAUCAAUUUAUUGAUCAUUUUGGCUCCUAUGCAUGUAGAUGGGAUUUGCAAUGUUUCUGUUACUGGUGGUGAUGAGGAAAUUAUGCACUAGGGGUUUGAAGGCUUGAGGCAAUAGACACAAAUGUGUCUAGUGUUGUCGCCUCAACUGUUCCUUUUGAAAGAUGGUUCCAGUCCCUGAUUGUCUUGGGCAGGAAUGAGCAGCUCCUAUACUGGCUUCUUGCUGGUAUGAGCCUGAAUUGCCUGUCAUGGCCUCGUCGCUGUCUAUGGGGGAGAGGGACGAGUUUCUGUUUAAUACUGGAACAGUGGACCAGCCCAUUAUUUAUCUUGUACAUCAUGGAGAGCCUGGAUUGUCGUCGUCGUUUCUCCAAUGGUGACCAGCCUAGUGUUUCUAGCAUGCUGCCAACACUAGAGGUAUUCCUGUAGCGGUUUAGGACAAAGCGUGCUGCUCGUCGCUGGACCGCCUCCAACCUGUCAAUGCUCUUCUGGGUAAAUGGGUCCCAGACUGAAGAUGCAUAAUCUAAAAUCGGACGGAUAAAGGCUUUAUAUGCUCUUUCUUUCACACAGGAGUUGCCAAUCUUUAGAUUUCGCCUUAAGAACCCUAGGGUCUUGUUUGCUUGGUUACAUACAUUGUUAAUAUGCUCGUCCCAGCGGACCUCUCUUUGAAUGGUAACACCCAGGUACUUUACGGAGGAAACUUGCUCAAGAAUAUGGCCGUGCAGUUUGUAUUGGUAGUGUAGAGGAGUACAACUUCUAGAGAUUGAUAGUGGGUUGCAAAAUGUGGAGGUGCAAUCAAUAGUAAAAAUAGUCCAUAGCAUUACAAACAAACUCUUAAAAAUUAAUAGCUCGAAUAGUACUAAAGCUAGAAAGUUGAUUCUGGUUUAAUUUUUUUUUUAAAUUUGAAAUUUUUCUCAGUACAAAUGUAAUAUAUCUGUGUUCAUAAUUUGUUGGAAUUACAUUAUUUUUAAUUACCAAAGUACCUAUAAUGAUAAGACAUAACUUUUGUCAGUACAAAAUAUUUCUAAAAAAAAAAAUCAGUUACUUUCAACAUGUGACAAAACAUUUGUUUUAUGGCUGAGAUUUUGAAAUAAAUAAUUAUUAGAAAUUGGUUUGACUAAAUUAAAUAUUUAAUAUUGUUUUCUACAGGUGUAAGUAUAAGAUGAGGAUGGUUUCAUAAUUUCAAGUAGUAAUAUAUUUUUUACAUUAUAAUUAUAUGGAUCCCUUCAUAUUAAACUGUAAAAAGAACUCUCCUGUGAUUUGUGAGCUCGUUAGUGUUUACAAAGGUUUCUAUCUUUGCAAUUGCUACUACGUGAGAAGAUAUGAAGGAUAUCACCACUUCUUGCCAUUCUGAGGGAAAAAAAAUAACAUUGCUGUAUUGACCUCAUCAUAUGACAUGUUUGCCAUAUGUAGUGCUCAAUUUGGUGCCGGUUCGGUAAACUAAGAAUUUACCAUUUAUAUUUAGUGUUUAUUAAUUUUAUCUUUCAUAAAGAAGUCAAGAAACAAGGAUAUUUUAUUAUAAUUUAAAAAAUUUAAUCUGAAAACUAUUUAAAUUGUUUUGCUAUUAAUUUCUACAAUUUUGUAAAAUUAUUUUUUAAUAAACUACUGUACUGCAUUUUAUUGAGACAUUUAAUAAUGAUGGAAAACUGUUAAUAAUUACAAAUCUCUUCCUAUUGAAAAUAAUCAAUAACCAUUUUUUUCAUCUUGAUCAAAAUUAAGUGGUGAUAAAUAUUUUUUCUUUCUUACUUUGCAAAAUAUAGCAUUGGAAAAUUAAUUUUCUUACUUAGUCUUAAUGACCUAAUUAAAAUGUGUUGUUUGUAGAUAUGGUUGAAGCAGUGGGAAGUAUAGACCACUAUAUGGUUGUAUUAUGUAUAAAAAAGUGAUAAAGAGCAAAAAAUUAUUUUUUUAUGUUUAUCUGAGUUUGACCCAAAAAUAACCUUGGUGUGAUAUUUACGUGAGGGUCACUAGAAGAAAGUCCUUUCUCGGUUAUUGAUGAGGAUAUCAGUGUAUUUACAAACUAUGAUAAAUGAAGCAAUUAACUGAAGGCACAGUACAACUGUGUGCAAAAUCAGAUAACAAGUUUUUGUGUCAUUUAGUGAUUUAGCCAGAUGGAGUACAUAGAAAGUGUUAUGCCCCCUGUGGUGUUCAAUGAAUUUGAACAAGCUCUUGGUCAUGGGGAAUUUGAAAAGGGGCUAACACUUAACACAGGUAGAUUCUGAAGCACUACUGGCCAAAAUGAAGGCAAUCAUUGCUCUAAUAUAAAUAUACUUUAUUACAUGAAAUAGAAAUAUUAAUAAAGAUACAAAAAAUCUACAUAUAAAGAAAUGAAUCUAAUUAUCAUAGUACAAGUAAUAUAAAUAGUACUUACUAACACAAUUUUAAGUUCCUGGAGAAAUAUGAAAUUUAUUAAGUAAAUUACUUUGAUGAUUAUUGCUGCUAACUAUUGUCACGCAUCAUUUCUCUAAGAGUCUCUCCCCAACUAUAAAUAUUUUUUCAUAAACCCAACCUCUCACUCUUUUUUUAUUAAUUGAAGAAAUAUGCAUUUAAAAAAAAAUAAAUUCUGCAUCGAAAGAGUUAAUGUGAUUUUAUAUAGCGCAGUACCCCAGCCUAGGGCUAGGCUCACUGCAGUACCCCAGCCUAGGGCUAGGCUCCCUGCAGUACCCCAGCCUAGAGCUAGGCUCACUGCAGUACCCCAGCUAGGGCUAGGCUCACUGCAGUACCCCAGCCUAGGGCUAGGCUUACUGCACUUCACAUAAAAUUAACAAUUACAGAAAAUUAUACAUUUAAAAUCAACUAUUGGGGAAAAGCUUCUAGCCAUGGACAGCACCCAGCAGCAUCGAGCGUUGUUUGUCAGUUAGAGGGGGGUGAGAAUGAGUCAGUAUAGUACAGUUUGAAGAAAUCACCCUUGAGGGCAGUUUUGAACGCUGGGAUGGUCGUUAUAUUGCAGAUGUGUAAUCGGUGAGAAUUCUAUCCUUUUGGGGGCACAGAAAGAGAAAGAUAGUUUACCAUAUGUGUUAGUGCAUGUUCUGGGAACUGAAAGACUAUGCGUGUCUGCAGAGUAACGAAGUUUUCGAAAGGGUGAAUAGACAGAAGUUCAUUUAACAAAAGUAUCAAAGUGCCCUUAUAAGGCUUUAUCAUUGACACCAUGUCUUCUUUCAAGUACAGGUUCUUAUAAUAUUAUCUUGAUUUUUAUGCACUGGAAUUUUGACAAAUGUAAUAUUGCGAGAAUCAUAGUGAUAAAAGUAAUCGUUGAUCAGCAUUGAAUUUUAAUGGAGUCACGCUUACAGACACCCUCUCCAUGGACAAACAUGUCACGAAUAUAUGCAGAUCAGCAUAUAACGAAAUUAGAAAAAUCAGCACCAUUAGACACCUCCUCUCCUUUGAUGCCACAAAAACUCUAGUCUCUUCACUCAUUCUUUCAAAAUUUGACUACUGUAACACUCUUCUCGCAGGCAUUCCUCAACACCACAUAGACAAACUUCAGAAGGCACAGAACUCAGCAUGCAGACUCAUUUUUAAAUCAAAGAAACAUGACCACAUUCAACCACACAUGCGGCAACUCCACUGGCUUCCAAUAUCCUCUCGCAUCAAAUACAAGACUGCCAAUCUUUGCUUCAACUCGUUCACUGACCCUCACUUUCCUGUCUAUCUCUCUGAACUGUUGCUUCCUUACAUCUCCACAAGACAACUACGUUCUUCCAUUGACAGUAGAACCCUCUCAAUCCCAAGAACCAAAACUAAGACCAUCGGUGAAUGCUCCUUCUGCUUCCAUGGGCCCACGUUCUGGAACCAGCUCCCCUUCCAUAUCCGUCAUUGUGAAACCUCGUCCAUUUUCAAAAAGUCCCUUAAAACUCAUCUGUUUAGGUCCGCCUAUGACCUGUGAUGCACCCUCCUUGCCCUGCCUCAUUUUCUGUUUCGGGUUGAUCCUGAAGUAUAGGCCAAAACGUGUCAAAGUGUCCUCGUUUUAUAGCCAUUUUCAUUGUUUCUAUAGUAAAGUAGUUACUGUCCUAGUGUCUCAUUUUUAUUUUACUUAGUUUACAUGUUUUUAAUAAUUGUAAAGCGCUUAGAGCUUUAUGGUAAGCGCUAUAUAAAAAUGCCUAAAUAAAUAAAUAAAUAAAUAAUGGCACUGAAAAUAACCCGAUUUCUGUCCAGCAUUUUAAGUUACUUAUAAUUUUGCCCCAGCCUGCGUCAUUGGACAGCGUCUUGAGAGCUUGCAGAAUUUCAACAUCAAGCCAAGAAGAACAUUGAAAGGUCAUCAAGGGAAAGUACUGUGCAUGGACUGGUCAUCUGAUAAAAGACAUAUUGUCAGUUCUUCUCAAGAUGGAAAAAUGUUAAUUUGGGAUGCCUUCACUACGAAUAAAGUUAGUACCUUAUCAUUACUUUAUAGAAAAAUGUUGGUUAUCUGGCAUUCCUUUUUAUCAAAAAGUUUAAGAAAUUAUUAAUUUUUCUCAGACCUAAUUGAUGUACAUAAUUAUUUUAUAGAUUUUUGGUAUUCUUGAAAUAAAAAAUAAAUUCAUUAUUUAAGAAUUCAAAAGCAUUCACAUACUAACAUUUUCCUAACCUUUGGUAGUUGAAUAAACUGUUGUUGACACAGAACAAUAAAAUUAGUUUCUACAUUCUAAUAACCAUCUUAAAUAUACUGCUGAUUUUAAAAAAUUGUUUCAUGUUUUUUUUAAGGAACAUGCAAUAACAAUGCCAACAACUUGGGUCAUGGCAUGUUCAUAUGGGCCUUCUGGGAAUGUAGUUGCUUGUGGGUUAGUGGUUUAAAAUAUCAUUUAAAUAUAUAAAAUGAUCAUUCUGUAUUUUAUUUGUUUGUAGUUGUAUCUAUUUUGUAAUCUUGAUUUGUGAAAUGGUUCUCUAUCCAUUCUGUUUAAUCCAUUUAGCCUAACGUUUUUAUAGUCAUUAACUAUUUUUGAAAAUGUUGGCAAUUAUAAAAUUACUCAGACUCUCUUUCAACAGUGAUAAAAUAACUUAAAGAUCAAUGUUAAGUUUCAUUUUUACAAAAUUUCUUUCAGUGGGCUUGAUAAUAAAUGCACAUUAUAUCCCUUGAGCAUGGAAGAAGAUCCAGCCACGAAGAAAAAAGCUAUUGCCACACACACCAGCUAUUUAUCCUGUUGUUCUUUUACAAGCUCAGAUCACCAGGUAGAGUAUGGUUUAUUUGCAUGGUUGACACACCUGGCAAAAUUUAUAUAAGAAUGAGCUACGUUGACCAUAAAAGGCUUAAAGACAAAUCAAUUUAAAUACAUUCAGAAUCUUAAAAACAACUAUAGGAAUUUUCUAAUAUUUAAUGGAAAUCAAAUCAAUUUAAAUAUUAUCAAGAUAAAACAUAUUUGCUUAUAUUUAACUAUAUGCUAAAGUAUUAUUAUUAUAAAUUAGAAAUACAACUAAAAUAACAAUUUAAGAAGUUUUUAAAGUAUUUUAUCCAAAUUUAAAAGUUAAUAUAUUCAUUUUAUUAGCAAUAAAUUAUCGUCUAAAUAUUAGUAUAAUUAAUACAUAAUUAUAUUUAUAGAGAAAACCCAAAUAUCUGGUGGGUUUUUAUUGCAUUUUUAAAUUGUGAUAUUAAAUUUACAUUAAUGUUAUCCUAAUAUCUUCCAACAAUAAAUUAAAAUUUCAAAGAGAAAAAAAAGGGAAAUUAUCUUAUAAGAAUUUAGUUCAAACUUGCAAAUCACAAGUUUUAAAUUUCUUUGAGUUAAUACCUUCGUGUGACAAAACUGAUGUUUUUUCCCCUUUGCUUUUUAAAAAAUAUAUUUAAUAGAUUGCUUAUGCAAUUGGUAAUACACAACACCAAAUUGUAGCUUUGUAUUUUUAAUAUUUAAUCAGUUUUACUUAUUUUGCGUUCCAAAAUGUAUAUUAUUCCCACCAGUUGAUUUUCUAAAAUCCUUAGAUUCUGACAGGAAGUGGGGACAGCACAUGCGCUUUGUGGGAUGUUGAAAAUGCCCAGCUUAUUCAGAGCUUCCAUGGCCAUGCUGGGGAUGUGAUGAGCAUUGACCUUUCCCCCACUGAGACGGGAAACAUUUUUGUGUCUGGGGUAACUUUUUUAAUGUUUCAGUAUGAGCCUUAUAUAAAUAUAUUUUUAUGAAUCCCCUUGAAGGGGAAAAUUCAUUAUCGUAAGUAUCUUAUGUACUUUUAAAGGAUUCUAGCGAAUGGUAAUAAUUGUCACAUGACAUAACUGAACAAAAUUUUAUACUUGAUAAGGGACCUUUAAUACUUUGGGAAUGCAAGUUUAUCAAAUAUUUCGUGGAUGAUUUGAGUAGAUUCAUUCAAUCAGAGCAGUAAGCUUAUUUUGUAUUUCAUUAUUGAUUGUUUCAAAUGGGUUUGCACUAAAUUCUGAGCUAUAUUGUUUUAGGGCUGCGAUAAAGUGGCUAUGGUUUGGGACAUGAGAACUGGUGACUGUGUACAGGUUUUUGAUGGACACGAAUCAGAUAUAAACAGUGUUAAAUUCUACCCCAGUGGUGAUGCCUUUGCUACAGGCUCGGAUGAUGCAACUGUAAGUAAAUUUGUAUUUCUAAUGUUAUAAAUUUUCCAAAAGCGUAUAUAAAUUCUGUAGCUGAUUUUUCAUGAAUUUUUUUUAAGCACCAAGACACAUCUUUUUUUAUCUAUUUUGCUGCUGACACUCAUGGGUUGACAUGGAAAUUAACAUUUAUCAUAAUCCUUUUUUUGUUUAACAUCAUCAAUGUCACAUCCUUAAGAUGCUCUUAUUUAAAAGGAAUUAACAAUAGGUUCUUCAUCAUGAUUUUUCACUAUUUCAGUGUCGUUUGUUUGACCUCCGUGCAGACAGGGAGGUUAACUGCUAUAAGAAAGACAGUAUUAUUUUUGGAUGCAAUGCUGUGGACUUUUCUAUGAGUGGUAAGAGAAAUUUUUCGAAAAGAAUCUGGAAAUUUAUUUAUUUAUUUAUUUAGGCAUUUUUAUAUAGCGCUUAUCAUAAAGCUCUAAGCGCUUUACAAUUAUUAAAACAUGUAAACUAAGUAAAUACAAAUGAGACACUAGGAUAGUAACUACUAUUCUAUAGAAACAAUGAAAAUGGCUAUAAAAAGAGGACACUUUGACACUUCAGGAUUAAACCGAAACAGAAAAUUAGGAUAGUAACUACUAUUCUAUAGAAACAAUGAAAAUGGCUAUAAAAAGAGGACACUUUGACACUUCAGGAUUAAACCGAAACAGAAAAUUAGGUAGGGCAAGGAGGGUGCAUCACAGGUCAUAGGCGGACCUAAACAGGUGAGUUUUAAGGGACUUUUUGAAAAUGGACGAGGUUUCACUAUGACGUAUAUGGAAGGGGAGCUGGUUCCAGAACGUGGGCCCAUGGAAGCAGAAGGAGCGUUCACCGAUGGUCUUAGUUUUAGUUCUUGGGAUUGAGAGGGUUCUACUGUCAAUGGAAGAACGCAGGAUAAUUAAACAAGAGUUUUUGUCUCUUUCAGUCAUGGUAUGUAUUUUUUUCUCUUCACAGGUCGUGUGUUAUUUGGAGGUUAUAACGACUACACAGUAAAUGUAUGGGAUGCACUUAAAGGUACACGUAUCACCAUUUUAUAUUGCCAUGACAACCGUGUCAGCUGUCUAGGUGUUUCCCCGGAUGGUACAUCAUUGUGCACAGGUAGUUGGGACUACACACUCAGGGUAAGUGCCGACAUUUGA